UAGCGAACCACUCCGUUCCUGUGCGCCCUCUUUGCUUUUUUAGGGUUUCGGUUUCAACUGCACUCCUCGUUAAACUCGUGAAACUUCCUGAACAGCUGUCGUAAUUGCAGCUUAUUCAAUGGGCAACUGAUGUUUCGUGUCUCUAGGAAGUAGUGAACGACUGUUCGCACCUGUUGUUAGCCUAGUAGGUCGCCUUGAGGUAGCUAGUCGAGUACACGUCAAGUGUGUUGAUUGAGCGGCGGUUUGUAAUGCUGCUGCUAACUUUGUCUAUGGAGUAUCAAAAUAUCUCGAGGACAAAUCCAUUUUUGGACGUGCCAAACUGAGAUCAACGGUAUGGCGGAUCGGCUCUCUGGAGUUGCAAUUAUUAUCUGCAUCGCGCUUGGUGUUCUGACCUUUCUGCUACUAUUUAUAUUUACAAAGAGACAGAUCAUGAGGUUUACGCUCAAGUCCAAGCACAGUCCACAUGUCCCCAUUGGUCAUGGCGUGUCAAAGUCACUGAAAGAUGAAGUGGAUAGGAGACUGCUCAUAAUCAAGGACAUAACAUUCGAGCCAGUGCUCCUGAAGCGAAGUGAAAAGUCGUACUUUGACGAGGGAAACUGUCUGGCGUCAGCACAGCCCCAGCAUCUGUUUCGUAUGGCCGUUGUGGACAGCUUGGCUGAACUAGAGGAGCUGCUCUGCUGUAAGGACAAGACAAAGACACGCAAGCCUGGGCAGGACGUUCGGGUGUUUCUUCUGCGUCAGGUGCAUGGAGGCCCCUUUGCCGACUGCGACUUGCGCAGCAUUCACAAGUUUCUUGAUCUCUACGAACAUGCCAGGCAUGGUCCCAAGGAGUUUGGGCAGGAGCAAUAUCUUGCAUUCAUGGACAUCCUUGAAGAGCUAAAGAAGAGCAUUGCUUCCCACGACAAAGGCACGCCGGUGCACAAACCAGUGGCGCAAGACUGUCUGCCCAAUCGGGACGCCGACGAAUCGCGGCGAGUCGACUUCGACUCCACCCCAGCUGGCAACAAUGGAAAAGCCGCCGCUGCCACGGAACCCUUGGCAAGCUGUCGACCGACAACCUUAGCCUUUGCGGAAGAUGACAAGGGUCGCGACGCAGCCCUGGAAACGUCCGUCUGACCCCACCGUCGGUGUUAAGAUUUUGUGACUGUGAACUACGGUGCUGUGUCGGUGUGACAGGUCGCCUCUCUGCUGCGAAGGGCAUUUGUGCAAGAACAAUCGCGGAAAGCGGACAAGCGAGGGAAGCUAAACUAAGCCUGUCGCGUGUUGCGACUUGUGCGAUAGUUUCGGUAAAGUGAAACAAAAAGUGUGGUUGACUUUGUAAAUCUGGCUCAUCUUUGAUCCCCUGUAUGGCAUAUUACUGUUUGUGCACGACACUGGAUUCAAGGAUUAUGUCAGUUGUACUUGACUUAUUAGUUAGCCAUGCUUAGACAAAAAUAAUAAUAGUUUUGUACAAAAAAAAAAAAAAUUUAGCGUGCAAUUUGGUUUUAAAGAACCAUAUGGGGGCCACUCCUAUUUUGCUGCUUUUCCACAAUACAGCCAAGCAUGCAUAGGAAACCUGCUGCCUGCUCCUGGCUUUCCACGGAUAUCGAUGCAUAUUACAAGAAAGCUUGGGCAACCUUGUGAUACAAGUUCAUUUGUCAGUGAAACCACCUCUAGUAUGAUAGCAAUACUAAGGCCAUCAAACUGCGAGAUUGUGUUCAUACGUCUGUCACAGCUUGAUUGCCAAGUUUUGUAUAAAGACCCGAUUUUGUGUACGAU